AUGCUUUUAUGUGUCGUGAAUAUUAUUCAUGCUCAACACGUUGAUCCGAGCCGGAACCAGUCUGUUACUUGUCGCCCAUUCGGCGCAUGUGAACCAUGUCCACUAGAUGCUCUUCAUGAACCCUUCUGUCAUCCAUUCGGCAAUCGUCAACUCAUGCAUUGUUCGAACACGACCAUACCUACACCAAGACCUGAUGAACCGUACCCUAUAUCUCCACCCCCGGGAGCUCUCGGGGAGACUCCUGCAUGGCAGCCUUGCGGUCGUGUUCCCGCACAAGAGCGUGCUGAUUUUUACGAAUUCGUGGCGUGCAACCUGUUUUUCGCUACUGUCGCCAUAGCCGUAUCCCUGUUUCGAUCUCGGAGAAUCGAAGCAAACCAAGCUAGACGUCUUGCUGUACGAAUAGGACUUGUUAGAGGUGGUGGAUAG